AUGAAGAUUUUGGUGAGUUGUCCCUAAUGUUUUUCCAAGUUUUCUAAACAUUUUCAGGCAUUUUUCAUUGUCGUUAUAUUUUUGUCGUUCAACAUUCUUGUUCAUUCCAAGCCAAUUCAAGAUGAAGGAACGUUCGAUUUUUCUGAUGAAAAUGUUCAACUCGACAUCUCCAACAUAAUUCACCAAUCGCUGAAAUUCUUCUUUAUACCGUUGGAAAGCCACAAAAAACAACAAGAAACAGAGAAUUUACCGAAAUGUGCUUUCAAAGUUUGCGAAUUUCAUAGAACAAACAAUUGA